AUGGGAGCCAAUGCUAGGACUCCUGGGGAUGUGCUGGCACUGCCAGGACAGGAGCAGACUCCCUGGGACUUCCUGGCGUAUCAGGCAGGUGUUGUGGGUGGACUCAUGGAGGUGCUGGUGGUAGUCUUGGUUCCUGGGGGCGAUGCAGUCCCGAUAGGGCCCCAGGGUUUGUGGAGCCUGCUUACCCCACCAAGGGAGCUGGGCUCUGAGAAGGCUCUUUGGGGUGGUCUGCUAUGUGCAGUGGGGAGACCCUAUCCACAUUGCCUUCCAAGAGGGGCUGCUCCGAGACACUCCUUGCAAGAUGAGCUCUCCACUCUGAGCCAGCCAGAGCCUGAUGCCAGUGGGCAAUGCCAAAGGGGUGAGACAUGCCAAGACUGGGGCUGGGCACACACCCUUUCCUGGGACGUGCAGGCACUGAGCUUUCUGUCCGCCCCUGCACUCCUCCACUGCCUGAGCACUGGUGUGCCCCUGCCCAGGGCUCCCAGACAAUGGCGAGCCACCUCCGCGGAGGCCCUCUGCGAGGACCACCCAGGCCCACCACCCUGGAGCAUUGCCAGCUUCUCCAUCCGCUUGCUGUGCCAGCACACCGAGCCUGCCGUCCACCCCUCCCAGCAUUGCUGCAUCUGCCCGACAGCUGUGUGGUACGCAGUCUCACAAGCACCAGGUGCCCAGCGCUGGCUGCAGGCUUGCCGUGACCAGUUUUCUGGUCGGUUUGUGGAUGCGGUCUGUAGUAACCUCUCCUUUUCGGCCCUGGCCGGUCCCAACUGCCACGUGGGAAAACAGCUCUGUGCUGGUCACUUCCCACCCGCUACCAGCACCCGCAACCCCUCCUCUCAUCCUGCCCUGGGCUGCCCCUAA